CCCAGCGGCAAUGAGAAUGGCAGGGGAAAUAAUCCGCCACCCAACAACCCACCCCCCAACAAUCCACCCCCCAACAACCCGCCGCCCAACAACCCACCCCCAAACAAUCCGCCACCGCAGCAGAACUCCAACCAGGGGAGCAGCUACAACUCGGGGAGCUCGGGGAAUCAGCAGAGGAGCUACUCACCGCCCAACAACCCACCCCCCAACAACCCACCCCCCAACAAUCCACCCCCCAACAACCCACCCCCCAACAACCCGCCGCCCAACAACCCACCCAGCACACCACCCCCGCAGCAGAACUCCCAGCGGAGCUACUCGCCCUCAAGUGCGCACUCAGCCUUGUCCAGUGCUGGUUAUGAAGUUGUUCGAAGCGGCCCAUAG